AGCAGCCUAUAGGUAGUCAAAAGGAAAAAGACCAUAUAAUAUUGCAAAUUAAAAAGAAUUCCUAAAAUUUAAUAAAUUAAGAUAUGAUUAUUCUUAAAUUGGAAAUAUAUUUACAAAAUCAUAUCUAAAUCCAUUCAUUUAUUAACUAUAAUUAGUCCAUUGAGAACUAAUUCAACCAAAUCUAAUUUAAAUUAAUGUCCAUUCAUAUUACCGAACAAUCGGAUCGUUGAUUAUUUAUUAUUAUUAAAUGACGAAAGUAAAGUGGGAAAAAUAAUUUAUUGGAAAAAGACGUUAUAGGGAGGGGGGCUCCGCCGCUCCGGCGAUGGGGAUCGGAGAGGAGAGGGGAAACCCAUUCUCCGGCGGUCCGGCACCUCUCCGAACCCCCAAAUUUCGAUCAACGUUAGUAAUCCCUUUCUCGGCCAUUUAAAUUUCCACCACUGAACUGCCAGUUGCCGCUUCUCGCCUGAGUACUUUCUUCCACGGUGGCGUUAGCUCCUGAAUCCAACACUACCACCACCGCCGACCUAGAUCAAUACACGAAGGAGAUUUUUCAUGCUUAAGAAGUCGACUGAUAAUAUGCGGCUCCUCAUCUUUCUUGAGGUCAAAGGCUUUGUGAGAAAUUGAAGAUCUCCGGAACUAAAUGGGUUAAUAUUACCAUAAGCAUUCUAUGCAAAGGCCACGGGAAACAAAUGCUAAACUCAAGCUAGAGUAAAGUAGAUAAGGGUUUUUCUUUGUGUUGUGCUUUUGGGAAGAAAGAGAAAUGGUUUCUUCGAGUUCGUCGAGUUUGGUUUUUUUAGAGGGAGAGGAGUUGAAGAAAAAUCUCGUUCAGGCUGCUGAAAUUCGUCCCUGCUUGAGAAAUUACGGUGAGGAGCUGAUUGGCUGCAGGGUAAAUAUUUUUACCCCCGUGCUUUAUAUACACUUCGCAGGAACAAUCACUUCUUUUAACCGCUUGCUAUCGAAGCACCAGGUUGACUAUGAAGCUGGUGGCAGAGAUUUAUUAGACCUUUCAGACGAAAUCUGGGAAUUGGUUGAUUAUGAAAAUUUAUCCAUUGGAUAUAUACAGGAGCAAGGGAAUACUAUUCGGGGUUCUUAUCCUUCAGCUAAUGCGUUUCGAAAUACUGGAGAACGUUCGUUUGAGAAGAAACACAUGAUUGCCAUUGGAAGGGUACUAACUGUAAGUGAGAAAGUACCGGAUAUGGUAUAUAAUAGAAAAUCAAGGUCGUAUCUGGUUCAUGGGCUCGCUCGGCACUUUUUUAACACUCCUUCGAUACUUCAGGCCUGGAGCAAAUCACCGAACACGAUAAAACAGAGACUACUUCCUGGGCGAUCAAGUAAUUACGCUCCGGAUAAUAUUGAAGAAGUCUUUGGGUACCGAGUGAAGGCUAGCUUAGCGCCUAUACUUUGGUUUAUUUUCGCCAAGUAUGGAAAUUUUGCUGCAAACUCAUUGCUUAGUAUAUAUCCAUCCUCCAACGCUAAUCUGGUCGAGAUAGUAUGCGAUGUUGUUAUAAAGCUCAUACGUGACGACUUCAACUAUGUCCUUUCUGAAUUGAACAAUAUGGCGGUUCUUGCUGAGGUGGCAGCGAUCGGGCAGCUGGACGUUUCUUGGCUGAAGAAGGUUCUAGAAGAGAUCGACGAUGUGAGAAAAUUCACUGUCAGAGCAGCUACGAAAGAUUUUGACGCAAGAAAGAAGGUGAUGAUGGUGGCGAGGAAACGGUUCAAGAAAAUACAGAGGAGAUUCAGCGACCUUGAACAUAUUUAUCAGAUAUUGAGAAACGACCCGAGUUAUAUUUAAACAUUAUUAUUCUGACAUGUGAAAUUUGUGAUUUCAAUGGAUUUUUGCUUUGGUUAUGUGAUGUUUGUCAUCAUAGCCUAUUUACAUUUUGGACAUUGUAUUAAAUUUUUAAAAUGCUUUAUCUAUUAAAUUAGAGAAAUUAUAAUUUUUUUUUA